CUGUGCAAUUGAGCAGAGCGCAGUGCGCCUCACCAUUUGACCCCUCCGCCUCACCCAACCAAACUGAACCCAAGCAUCACGACAUAAAAUCCGUUACUGUCUUGAUUCACAGGGAACGGGAGAGAGCACAGGACCUGGAGAGAGUGCAGUACAGUAUACUGUACUAAAACAAGAGUGAGCUUGCUGAGGCAAGCUUGCUGGGAAAAAGUACUGAGGCGGCUGGAGCGGAGAGGAGUUAGCCAGCAAGGCCGUCCUUAGCCGGUGCUGGUGUGCUGGUGCUUGCUCAGUUUUUGUCUCUUUUGUUUCUAGCUCCUAUUAUUCAAGGAGUCCGAGACAUGGCUGCUGCAGGAUGGCUGGAUGUGACCAUCAUCGGUGCGAGGGAACUUAAGGACACCGAGAUCUUCGGCAUGCAAGAUCCGUACGCGGUUCUCACGUACGGCCAGCAGAAACACCGCACCAAGACGCACAAAGACGGACACACGUCACCCGUGUGGAACACGACUUUCCGCCUGAACGUGAUCCAUGGCGUCGACGAUGCUUUCUUCGAGGUCUGGAACGAGAACAAGAAGGCGGAUGACAAGAUCGGAUACUGCAAGGUGAACAUUCGACAGGCCUUCAGCUAUCCAGUGUGGGACACGUGGCAUCCUCUCUUCACUCCCAAGGGCAGGCAGCAGGGAAACCUUCGCCUUGCCUUGAAGUAUUACCCGCCUGUCGGUGCGCCUGGUGCCCCUGCAGCAGCAGCAGCAGCAGCAGCCUCUCACUCCGCCCCUCCCCCUCAGGGCUAUCCCCAGCAGCACGCCCCUGCCCCUGCCGGCCACGCCCCCCCACCAUCCGGUUACCCCGGUUACCCGCCCCAGGGCGGUUACCCCCCGCAGGGCGCCUACCCUGGCGCUGCUCCUGUGCCCUAUGGUGCUCCUCCCCCCGGCCAUGCUCCCGCGCCCUACGGCGCCCCGCCCCCCCAAGGCUACCCCCCUGCUGGGCAUGCUCCCGCUCCCUAUGGUGCUCCUCCCCAAGGGUACCCUCCCCAGGGUUACCCGCCCCAGGGUUACCCUGGGUAUGGUGCGCCUCCUCCCCACGCAGCUCCUCAUGUGCAGCAUGCUCCCAAGCCGGCUGUGGUGGUGGUGCAUGGGCAUGGCCACCAUCAUCAUCACAAGUUCAAGGGGCGCAAGGGUUUCUUCGGCAAGCGCAAGGGAUUGUUUGGGAAACGCAAGGGGUUUUUGGGGAAGCGCAAGGGGUUGUUUGGAAGGAAGGGCUUUUUCUAGAGAAAUGCCAGAGAAUGCCUUGCCAGGAUGGCAUGCACUGAUUGAUAAGGGGCUCUCUCUCACCUGCAGAUGUAGUUAUGAUUAUAUGCAAUAUAUAUAUCCGUGUGCGGAAACAUAUGAUACAAUUACUAAAAAAAAUAACAUUCUUGUUUUUGA